AUGGCUGAGACGAUGGCCAGAGCUGACCUGCCGCGGCUUCCGACGGCCCUUCCCACGCUGCUCGUUUCGGCCAGUGCGCGGACGCGGUCGGAGCCCGCCCAGCUCGAGGCGAAGGAUGUGAAAGUCCAGGAGACCGGGCCCCCUCAAGGUCCCCUGCAGGGCGAGCAGCCCUCCGAAACUCUGGGACUAACGAAAGAACGGGCCAUCACACUGCAGCUGGAGCUCAUGGCAGCCUACGGCACACCGGCUUUUCAGAAGCAGCUUCACGAAAUUGGUCGAAGGUAUGGGACCAGCAGCAAGCUGCGGUCUGAGCUGUGCAAGUUGGUGCGGCGUAUCCAGUUGGACAUCAUCCCCAGAUAUGGUUUCGAUGGAUCUGAAGAGGGGGUCCACAGUAUGCUGCGAUCAUUUAAAGCGCUGGAGAAGGAUCCCGACAUUGAGGUCAAUGACGUGGCCAUCAAGGAGCUGCUGUCCUUAGAAGUUCCGCCCAUGGAGAUGAAUGAGAAGAACAAGCUCAUCGCGAGACCCGUGACCAAACAUCGAAUCAUGGAUUUGCUUCGAGUCCAACUCAUCGAGUUCAGCAAGGCCACCUUCCAGGCGGACGUAGAGGAGUUGAAGAAGUGCGCUGACUACAACUCUGGCCGUGUGUUCAAUCCAAGCAGACCAAUGGAACAAGGCUUCGAAGAUCCCGACGGCUACUAUCACCUGGAGGGGCGAGCAGAGCUGGCUCUUCUUGUGCAGACCCGGCUGCUACCUCAGUACGGGUUUGCUCCCUCCAAGGCAGGCGUGCAGGACAUGAUCCGUCACUGCGCCCCUUUCGUGCGUGACCCCGACGUGGCCAAUCUCCUCGACCGUGUGAACGAGAAGCUCGGGAUGUCGCCGGCGGCCUGCCACCGCUUCAGGGAGCUCGUCGCACAGCUGUCGUGA